AUGAGUGUUACAAAAACAACAAUUACUGCACCUUCAGACUCCUUUGAAACAGCAGCUAGCUAUCUUAUCAACAUAGAAUUGCCAGGCAUUGCUAAAAAAGAUGUCAAUAUUGACAUUUCUGAAAAUAUUAUUUCAGUUAAGGCAGAAAAGAAAGGUCCAUGCAAAGACUACACAAAGAUUGACAGUGGCCGUGUAUACGGUUCAAUCGAAAGCAGCUGGAAGGUUCCAAAAGACGGUGAUGCAGAAAAGAUCACUGCCGCUCUUAACGAAGGUCUUUUAACAAUUACAAUUCCAAAAACAAAGAAGCGUGAAAUUAAGAUCAACCUUGAGUAA